AUGACAUCGCCGGAUAAAACAGUGGCCUUUGUGGGUCUGGGAGUAAUGGGCUACCCCAUGGCCCUCAACCUUCGUAAAGGCCUCGGUCCUGACUACACUCUCCUAAUAUGCGACGUUGUGCCGGACGCAAUAUCACGAUUCCAAAAGGAUGCACAAGGUGAAGGGCCAGUAGAGGUAGUAAAGAGUGGAGCAGAAGCAGCGAAAAGAGCUAAUAUGGUAGUGACAAUGCUACCUGAUGGCGCCGCUGUUAAGGAAGUGUAUUUGGAUGCAUUGAACGGCGUCAUUUCGGGGGUUGAGGCCUCCAUCAAAGCUUCCCCACAGAAGAAAAUCAUCAUGGAAUGCGGGACGAUUGAAACUCCCGUGAUACUCGCAGUUGCAAAAGCGACGGAAGCAUCGAGCGUUUCAUCAAAUCUAACCUUCGUCGAUGCACCGGUAUCAGGAGGGCCAAUGGGCGCGCAAGACGGGACGUUAACAUUUAUGGUGGGAACAAAUAACAAAGAUGUGUUCCCAAUGGUGAAGAGUACACUCGCACACAUGGGGAAGGAGGACAGUGUUUUCCUGUGCGGGGAUGUCGGAGCCGGGACUGCCUUCAAAGUCAUCAACAACUACCUUUCGGCCAUAACGUCGCUCGCGGCAUCCGAAGCGCUCAACAUUGGCGUGAAAAUGGGCCUCGACCCCAAGCUUCUGACAGAUGUCAUUAAUGUUUCCGGAGGUCAAUGCUGGGUAACGAGUAAGAGCAAUCCAGUGCCGGGAGUGCAGCAAAACGUUCCAAGUUCCAGAGACUAUGAGGGAGGAUUCCGGAUUGAGUUAUGUGCAAAGGUUUUAAAGAUGGGGAGUCAACUAGCGGAGAUGGUUGGUGCGAGAACGAUAUUGGAUAAGCCGACGUUGGAGGCGUUUGAUGAGGCAAAGAAUGAUAGUAGGUACAGAGGAAAGGAUGCAAGGGUGGUGUAUAAAUGGUUGAACGAGAGCGAGAGGAGGUAGUUUGACGAUGAAUCAUGGAUGCGGCUUCGGCUUGAGAUAUUUUCGUAGAGUUUGC